AUGGACAAGACAAAGCUUGCCACGAUGUUCAAUCUUGACGAUGACGAGACUUAUCAAAGUAAACCUCUGGAUCAACAAAAGAUGUCCCAAUACACAGCAACAACUGUGAAGAAGUCGAAACGCGAGAAGGAUGCAGAGGCUGCAGAGGUCAAACGAAGAGAGGAAGAAGCGCAAGCAGCCAAGGCGUACGCUGAUUUUAUUGAGAGCUUUGAAGGGGGGCCGUCGGGAUCUUCCAAACGAGGCGCUAAUGCUUUCGUUCGUGCAUCCGGGAGCGGAGAGAGCUCGGAUAAAACAUAUAAACCAUUGAUGAAAAGCACAGAGGAACGACCAAAUGUCAUAAUGCCAGCCGAUGAUGAGCCUAUGACGAAGCCCAAACCAAAAGGCAAAAGGGCAAUGGAUAUGUUCCUUGAGGAGAUCAAGCGGUCUGAACAUUUUUGCGCCUCCCCAUAUGAAAAUCAACGCGGAAGUCGAGAUACAGGGGAUCCCGAGACCACGAAUAUCUUUGUUGCUAAUCUCCCUCCUCAUGUCACGGAAGAUUCGUUGGGCAACUUUUUUGCCUGUCAUGGGCCAAUAGGAUCUGUCAAGGUUAUGUGGCCACGAGGAGACGGUACCAUGGGUCCGGGGAAUGACAUUACUUCAUCACGGCGGAUGAAAAAUUCUGGUCUAAACGGUUUCGUUCAGUACAUGAAACGAAAAGACGCGGAGGCUUGUGUACGAGAGAUGGACGGGUUCGAGUGGGGCGGCUCCAUCUUACGCGUUGGCUGGAGUAAAGCCGUUCCACUCGCAUCAAGAGCUAUAUAUGGUAUAGAUAGACAUCGUCGUUCUCGAUCACGAUCUCGUGAUAGAUAUCCUGACCUUGGUCGUCGAGACAGAAACACGCAUCGUCAUGACGUCUAUGAUAGGAAGUCAUAUCGCCGUUCUCGUUCAUGGAGGUGGUCGAGAUCCAGGUCAAGAUCGUCGAAGUCAGGGUCUCCCAGUCGUGGUAUUUCGAGGGACUUGCAAGAGUUCAUACAGAUGGUGGCCAAGGAGAUCAAGGAGAGAGGCCACGAGUAUGAGGAAGCGAUUCGGGAGAGAGAGAAUCGGAAUCCAAGAUACGCGUUCCUUUGGGAUGAAAAGUUUGAGGAUGAUGUAAGUGUUUUGUUUAGUGAUUUCAUUGCCAAAUUAUGUCCUCAUUAUCCAAUUCAGGGGAGCCAAUCUGUCUACUCAACCGAUUCAGCGGAGGAAUCAGAGCAAGAAAGGUCUAGGCGCAAAGGUGUGCUCGGAAAACUUGCUCGUCAGCGGUUUGAGAAUAUCUUGCGAGCCCAAACUGGAAGGCGAGGAGACAUUGCCAGAGCAAUGGUAUUUUCACUACAACAUGCUGAGGCCGCUUCUCAGAUUGCAGAUAUCAUCAUUGCUUCUCUCCUUGUCAAUGGAACAGCUGUACCACGCAAAGUUGCUCGUCUUCACCUUAUUUGUGACAUUCUUCACAAUUCUGCGGCGCCAGUCUCGGGUGCUUGGAAAUACAGACAAGAAUUCCAAACUCGACUUCCCGUCGUCUUCGACCAUCUCUCUGCCAUAUAUCACUCUUUUCCUGGUCGUAUCACGGCUGACACAUUCAAGAAGCAGAUACUUGCAGUUGUCGAGGUCUGGGAAGACUGGAUCGUUUUCCCCCCUGACUUUACCACAGAGCUGAGAAUUCGAUUGGAAGUGGGUGAGGCAGCGGUGGCCCAUAUGAAGGAGGCUCAGAAAGUUGUUCAGGCUCAGGAAGAUGCGCCAAAGGAAACGGCAAGCAAGUUUAAGACUAGCUCGUUCCAACCAGCUACUGCGGCAAGUGCGGAACCUGCUGUUGCUUCCAAUCCAAUGGAAGACCUGGAUGGAGAGGCUUUGGAUGACGUUGACGGUGAUCCCGUUGACCUAGACGGUGAGCCUGGAGACAUAGACGGUGAGCCAGUUGAUUUGGACGGUGAACCUAUCAACUUGGAUGGAGAGCCUGUUGACGUUGAUGGCGAGCCGGUGGACCUGGAUGGUACACCACUAGGGGACCAACCAACGACUGGCUCACCCACGGGCUUGAAGUUGAGGGAAACCGCCGAAAGCCGUGACGGAACUCCCAUGGACGAGUCUGAUUGA